GGAAGGUUGGAAGGUAGCGAUCACUCCGCAUCACAUAAGACGGGGUGCAACGAUACUCCCAUCUUUCCAUGCUCCGUGUAUUCUACGCCUAUAAACUGCUAUCAUGGCGAACAAGAAACGUCCUCAUUCACAUCGACCGCCAUAUUUCACUCGCAGUCAACAAAAUACAUUCAAUCUCCCUACCUGAGAAGUCUUUUGGAGCAAUCGCUCAACGCUCAGUAUGACGACGACCAACCGCAAGAUUGUGAUCUCUAGCUUCGGCGACGCGUCACAGGUCUCCAUGGUUACUGCCAAGAUCUCACCGCCAGCACCCAACGAAGUUCAGAUCAAGGUUUUAUAUGCUGGGAUGGGUGGCGCAGAUAUUGCGAUGCGAGUAGGAGUCUACCCAAUGCAGAAAAAAGCGCCUUUGACUCCUGGCUAUUCACUCAUCGGCCGAGUGCAUCAGAACGGAGCCAAUUGCUCAAAAUAUCAGGCCGGUAGUCUCGUCGCUUGUCUCACAGUCUAUGAUGCUCAGGCUGAGCUAUGUAACCAGCCCGAGAAGUACCUCAUUCCCGUACCAGAGGGGCUAGAUGUCCAACAAGCCGUUGCCAUGGUCCUUGACUGGUCUACCGCAUACGGCAUGGCAUUUCGAACCGCCAAAAUAUCAAAGGGUCAGCGUGUCUUUAUUCAUGGCCUCAGUGGUUCAGUCGGAUAUGCUCUUCUGACCUUUUGCAAGCUACAAGGAGCGGAAGUUUUUGGAACAGCAUCUGAGCACAAUCACGCUGCAGUCCGCAAAGCAGGCGCAACACCCUUUGUGUACACCAACAAAAACUGGAUGAUGGCAGUAAACACCAUCGGCGGUGCACAUUUUGUCUUCGAUCCAUUAAGUUUCGAGUCGUGGGAUGAGAGUUGGAACAUCCUGGCACCAGAGGGUGGACGACUCGUCGGCUAUGGCGGCAAUUUCGAUUCGUUGAACGGGCGUAAGACGCGCAAUCCAGUACUAUACAUUGCGAAAUUACUGGCGAAUAACAUGAACCCGUUUUGCCCCAACAAGACAAACUUUUUUUAUAUCAGUCGGGAUCAAGUCACGUUUGAGCCAGAAGUGAGAGCCUGCUUGGAUAUGUUGAAAACGGGUGAGGUGACUGUACCAAUCAGGAAGGUGUGGGCACUGGAUGAAGUGCCAGAGGCGCAUCGUACUUGGAAUAAGGGAACUGGUGUUGGCGCAGUGGUCAUCAGGGUUGCUGAUGAUGAUCAUUAAGCACUACUUGUUGUCACUACAUGGUGGUUAAUCAGUCAGUGUAUUUCUUCAUCUUACAGAACGGCAUUCAUAGGGUGUACAAUAAAUUACAUUAUUCAACCUGCC